AUGCAACUAUCUCCAACUGCUGCAAGCUUUACGCCGACUGGAGUGUCAGUUACUGUGGCUAAUGGUAGCCAGUCGCGGAUCAUGGCGGAUGCCAAUACUUUCCCUAACAUCAGAUACCCUACUACUAAUCCUGACACCGAUUUCAAUGCAUCCAGAAACUCACAUAUAAAUGUCACUGAACAGGCCAUUACUGUUCGUGAAGCCUUUGCGAAGGUUGAAAACACUAGGAACGGUGUCUCCUCUGGCGCUCUCCUCGACAAGUUUGACGUUGAAAGACGCAGUCGUGCACUAGUUAUUGAAAAUGUCCCGACAAAUCUUACUUAUAUGUCACUUGCUGGGUUUUUCAAUCGUCGUGAAUUUGGUACGCUCAAAGGACCAGUUCUCACAGAACUAAGUUCCAUGGGGAAGGUGUAUGUUUCGUUCACAGACAGCCGUGAGGCAAAAAAAGCCAUAGAGAAGGUUCAUCUUCUUCGACCUGAAUGGCAUGUAUUCCCUCUUACGGCUCGGGAGUACGUGCAACAUUCGGAGCCGUCCCUUCUAUCACAAACCUCAGAUUACGAAGGCCAGUUGCUCAUAACCGUCUACUACAAUAGCCGAAAUUCAAAUUUGAAUCAGCAAACAGUGGCCCGUUCCCUUGAAAUGCUGGCAAUGACCUUUGGUGAUAUUAAGAUGUUCACUCUAGUUCCCACGAGACAGGAAAAUAUUUGCCAGUUUCAUCUCGAGUUUUUCAACACUCGUGAUGCAGAGAAUGUCAUGGUUACUCUGAACAAAACCUCUGUUGAUGCGAUUGUCGACGAGACAAGUCAUGGAAAAUAUGAUUUUAUGUAUUUACGCAUCGGUGAGGGAUCGAGAGCGGUUUCCCCAACCCUAAUCCAUCAUCACCGGGAGCUGACUAUGGCGAACAAAGAUUUCGCGAAUAAUUGCAAUGUCGGCUAUGCUUUCAUAAACUUUGAAGAUCCGAUCGAUAUUAUUGAUUUUGUCAACGUGCGAGCUGGACGCACCUGUGACAAAGUUGCUGAGGUAUCAUAUGCCAGUAAAGAUUGCCUAGUGCAAAAAUUUCGAAAUAGUUCUGUCAUGCUGGAACACCCAUCUUUUCGCCCCAAGAUUUUCCAUACUGGUGCUGGACCCCUUGCUGGUACCGAGGAUCGAUUUCCCGGACCAGAUAACCCGUCCAAGAUGCGUCGCAGCAUUGAAAACGCUGAGCAUGUUUAUUUGCUCCGCGUGUUGGGCAACAAUACCGUGACGAACAACGCCGGCGUCGUUCACAGUAUGAUCGUGGAACUACUGCCGCCGAGAGGGAAAUUGUAUACGUUCGGACCCUUGCUCCUAGACACGCUUCGAGUCUUAGCAAUUGCUCCAGAAGUACUCCCUGCACUUACCCUGGGCUGA